AUGGCGGUGACUCGGGAAAAAGGUGAAGGCUCUGGCUCUGGGGGACUUUCGGGAUCGGAUCCGACACUCGAGGAACUACUGCGAAGCCUAAACCUUAAGGGAGAAGACAUUGGAGGUGUGUUUGUGGCAAAGGCUGAAGUGGAAUCGCUGAAGGAGGACUCGAAGUGGCUGGCGGUGAUGAAAUUGAUGUCGUCAAAGCCCUUCAGUGCGACGUCUCUGAAGAAGACCCUGAAGUUUGCCUGGGCACCUGCCCAGGAGGUAACCUUUCGAGACCUGGAGGAUAAUCGGUUCAUGGUAAAGGCAAAUUGUUUGGGAGAUUGGCAGAGAAUAACUGAGCAGGGUCCCUGGAUCUUUAGGGAUCAUGGCUUGCUAGUUGAGAAGUAUGACGGGAGCUGCAAAGCCUCGUCAGUUGAACUAAAUCGGAUCCAUGCUUGGGUCCAAAUCCACGACGUUCCUGAGUUAUUUCGCAAGAAACAUAUCAUCACCGAGCUGGCUGGGAGCGUGGGUGAGGUGAUCACCGUGGACCUGCAGGGUGGUGACUAUGUCAGGGUACGUGUCUGGCUGGACGUGAGGAAGGAGCUGCGUCGGUUUGUGGCGAUUACGCCUGAAGGGGAAGCUCAUGUUGUCAUGCGUGUUAAGUAUGAGAAGAUUCCUAGAUUUUGUGCUGUGUGUGGCCACAUUGGCCAUGUCAAGGAGGAGUGUGGUACGGGUGUUCAUCCUCCAGAGACGGAGGGUUUUGGCAAGUGGCUCCUGGCGGAAACUGUUUGGAACAGGUCGCAACUCCACGGAAGCUCUGAUCAGGACCAGCAUUACAAGCAACCACGCCAAGAAUCCCACCCUGGGCGAGGAGCUGGCCGCGCUGGCAGAGGUUCUGGUCGAGGCGGACAUGAUGGCGGGUGUGGGCGUGGAGGCCCUGAGGCUUCCCUGGAGAACCGCAAGAGGAAUUCUGCUGAGGCCCGUCUGAACGAUGGGAGCCCAGCAAAAGAUGCUCCAUCUCAGCACCAGAUUCCGCUGAUGCUUGAAUGGAAGGAGAAGGGGGUGAUCGGCCCGGCUGCGGACAAGGGGGCACAGAUGAAACUGGACUUUGAUGGGGGAGGGAGCAGAGUUUACCCACAACGCUCUGGAACACCUCCACCGCCUCCAUCUGCCAGAGAAAAGAAGCGUCCCAAGAAGCAUUCAACACCCAAGAAAGAUAAGAAGAUGGAAGAAGAGGCGGCCUCCAUGGUGGAGGACCGCCCAGAACAAUGA